GGAGGAGCGACCCGGCAAGCGCAGCAAGUAGCGGGUGUAUCACUCACUACCUUGCCACCGGGAUAACGGAACUGUGUGACCCGUUAACUGCCGUAUAUGACAUUAAACCGGAUGCCUCUAUGGUCCAGUUAACCUUACAGCGAGAUUCACGGUGUUCAGUUUACUCAAGAGGUGAGCCAUGGCUGAACAGAAUCCUGCCCGUCCUCAGAGGAAGAUGUCCACCUCCGGGGAGACCGUGUAUAAAGUGUUAGGCCUGGAGAAAGGCGCUUCCGCUGAGGAAAUUAAGAAAGCAUACAGAAAACUAGCGCUGAAGUAUCACCCAGACAAGAACCCAGACAACCCAGACGCAGCGGAGAAGUUUAAGGAGAUUAACAACGCCAAUUCUAUUUUAAACGAUGAGAACAAAAGAAGGAUUUACGACGAGUACGGCUCCAUGGGCCUUUACGUAUCCGAACAGUUUGGAGAGGAAAGUGUUAAAUACUACUUCCUCAUGUCCAAGUGGUGGUUUAAGAGUCUGGUGCUGUGCUGCACACUUUUCACCUGCUGCUGCUGCUGCUGCUGUUGCUGUUUCUGCUGCGGGAAGUGCAAACCCCCCGACGACGAGGAAAACUACCAAUAUGUUGAUCCUGAAGACCUGGAGGCCCAAAUCAGAGCGGAUCAGGACGGAGGUACCACUGUAAUCAUAAUCCAGCCAGCAUCCGAUCUGGGUCCAGAAACCCCAGAGGAGCAAAGUAAGCCCAUCCCCCUGCCCAUGCCCAUGCCUCCACCUGAGCCCCAGUCGCCUCCAUCAGCCAACACAGCGGGGGAAGAAAACCCCAGAGACAGCUUACAAGAGUCUAAAUGACUCGAAAGUGAUCAUGUGAUUAAGUGUCAACUAGCUGACGCAGGAAGCGUUUCACGGCUCUCCUUCGAUCCAGCUCCAUCUGACCGCUGUGAGCAACCCAGAGAAAAGCCAGCCCAGAGUCACCAGCCAACCCAGAUCUCCUGUCCCACCUGACGCCCCCCAAACUCCAACGCCCCCCAUGCUAACCCAGCUAACGCUACAGACUGCUUCCAUGGACCUACAUGGAGACCUCCAAACGUUCCCAACGUCCCCCCUCCUCUCUUCUAGCUCCUGAAAUAUCUGACGCUGGUUCUGACUGAAUAAGUGUGUUACGCCAAAACUCCACCCCAGUCUCCUCUGGUCAUUCCAUUUCUAACCACUAAGGAUGGCAUAAAAAGGAGAUGUGGACAGAUUAUUUAUUACUUUUCACCUCCUUUUUAUUUUAGACACCGUUGAUCAUCAGAUGGAGGACUUUUUUUAUUAUUGUUUUUUUUUUUGUUUUUUUUACAUAUCCCCCACAUUAACUUGCUUUUACUAACUUUGGGAUAGAAAGUUGGUGAUAAAUUCAAUGCCAAACAUCGUAGAAAUCCAGCUGCUCAGCAUAAACAAAGCAUUAACACGGGGACUCAUUUCCUUCCUCCCUUGUUCUUGUAAAAAAUUCCCAGCGGUUACUGUUGCAUCGACUUCCACCUAAAACUCGCUGCAGUCUCGUGGUUUGAUGCCAAACGUCUGAGCCAAGAUGGAGAGGGGAUCAGCAUGCACUCGUCGUUUUCGCCCUUUCCGCUGUCCCGCAUGGAAAACCCAAACAACUCUUCGGCUUUUCCCUGCAUACUCUGGUGAAACGCAUCAAGUGCAAAAACACACCAGCCCAGAUGUCACUGUGUGCUUAAAGAAAACCAACAACAACAACCCCCACCCACAGCGAGACGAGCAGCGACCGACACCAAACCGUGGCGCUCUGACGGACUGCAGGACGAGACGUUACAAUCAGUGCUUUGAAGUUAGCGUCACGCUCUUUUACAUCAUGUGGUUCAAACAGUCCGCCGUUUCCUCUGCCGGCCGGGUUCAUGCUCCGCCUCUUCUUUGUGUCCAGAUUCACUAAGAUUAGAGUCCAAUCUGAUGUUUUGUCUUGGUUUCUUUUUGUAGAUUUUCUCAUUUUAUUUCCUAAUUAUGAACGAGAGCAAAGAGUAGCUGCGUUUCCAAUUACACAUGUGUGCAAAUCCUUGUUGGUAUUCAGCUAAUGUUGAAAAAACACAAUUUCACAGUUGCAGUAUUUCCAUUGAAUAAGAAAUGAAAUUAAAAAUGUGCGUGAAUAAGAUUGUUCACAAAAUAAGUCAUUAAAAAACAUGCAGCGCCAUCGUCCUCCUACAACUUCCUGUCAUUGUCCUCUUCAACGUUUCCACCAGAAGUAACAUCCGGUUGUUGGUCACGUGACUCGUGAUGCAAAAAAAGGGUUUCCAUAGCAGAUUUGUGAAAUACACAAAUUUUGCUUUCGGCUGAAGAACCUUUAACCUCCUUUUUCAAAACCUCAUCAAAAACCUUGUUUAUUUUUUGUUUGUAGGAGUUUGAUCUACUAGUUAAUAGGUUGUAGCUGUUAACCAUUUGUUAACCAUUUGUUUCUAUUAGGCAAAUUUAUUUUUGGAAUUUCAAUUUGCGUAAUUCUAUGGAAACGCAGCUAAUAUCAAAGUAGCAGCAUAGUAGAGCUCAACCGCUGCGUUUCCAUUGAUCAUAAAGUUGAGUAAAUAAAAGUUAUAAAAAUAACACUGCCUGUUGACUUAUUUCUCUUUUCCUCCAAUAGUAACAUUCGGCUGUUGAUCACAUUUUGAUACAGCUGAAGAUUCACCUCAUCCUACAUAAAAACUUACUUAAUGGAAAAUGUGAAUGUUUUCAUUAAGUAAAUUUAUGUUCGUAAUUCCAGUUUGUGCAGUUUUAUGGUUAACAGCUACAACCUAUUAGCUAGCAGAUCAAACUCCUACAAACAAAAAAUAAACAAGGUUUUUGAUGAGGUUUUGAAAAAGGAGGUUAAAGGUUCUUCAGCCGUAACAAAAUUUGUGUAUUUCACAAAUCUGCUAUGGAACAACUUUUUUUGCAUCACGAGUCAAGUGACCAACAACAGGAUGUUACUACUGGCGGAAACGUUGAAGAGGACGGUGACAGGAAGUUUUAGGAGGAUGAUGGCGCUGCAUGCUGUUUUUUUAAUGACUUAUCUCAUGAACAAACUUAUUCAUGCAUGACUUUAAUUCAUUCCGAUUUAAAGGAAACACAGCAAUUGCAAAAUAGUUUUUUUUAUAUCUCAGCAUUUGUGGAACGUCGACAAAGUUUUGCCCACAUUUGUGAUGGAAAUGGAGCUGCUGACUUGACCUGAACUCAAUUUAAAGUGUCUGACUUAUCCGUUAAGUUCUGCAUCAUUUGUUUCCUUCAGGAUGGAAAUCUAAACCUUUACCUGCUGACUUGACACUGACAGUGGUGUGCCUUGAAGAAUAAUUGUAGCGGUGAUGAAUCGGAUUAAGGUGUGAACGUUUGCAGCACGUUCCUGCAGAAAAUAAUCCAGUCUGAGAAUUUCAGAGGAGAAAAAAAGGCUUUAUCUCCUUUUGUGUUAGCUCAGGCAGCAAACCUUGCUUUAGUUUGGGAGUUUAGAAAAUAAAUUCAGACCCUGGAUAUGUUUUAUAUACUGACACAAUCGUGCACAGCUUUAUUUUAGAUCAUUAGACUGAAUGAAGUUUUGAACAUUUUCUGCUGCUUUUGUGUCGUGAAAAACCACAAUGACUGACCUGAUUAUCAAGUUUUCACAAAACACUAAAUUCUCUUGUUGAGUUAUCUGGUGCUUUCUGAUUCCAGGCUCAGUCAGACUUUAUCUUAUUUUUAUUAUUUAGAGGAAAUUAUUAAUUUUUUUUAUUAUUCUCAUAGGAUGAGCUAAAAAAUUGUUUGGUUAUAUUAAUUACCAUUUGGUUUUGGAAAGCUACCAAGUGAAAACCCUUUCGAUUCCUGACUAUGUUUUGGCCUCCCACUCAUUUUUUAAAAUCAAAACUGACUGACUUCCUUCCUUUCUUCAAAUCAUCAUUUUGUUCAACAAGUAUCUGGUCCCAUCUUUUAAAUGUUGAGUAACUUCCCUCAAAGAUGCUUUAAUGCAACUUGAAGACCAUUUCUCUAGAGAAAAAUAUUUAAUAUUUCAUUUAACUUUUCAUUUCUUUGCUCCGUUCCUGUUGAAGAAUCAGUCCAGCAUGUAAAAACUGGACCUUUGUUUGAGAAGCAGAACAAGUUUGUAGUAUUCUUCUAAGCUAAUGUUACAGUUUGUAAGUUAACUUGCAGACAUUAUGAUUGCAAUGGAAUCACUUUUUUUGCAUCACGAGUCACGUGACCAGCAACCGGAUGUUACUACUGGCGGAAACGUCAAAGAGGACGAUGGCAGGAAGUCAUUGUCCUCUUUCAAGUUAUAGGCUAAAACCUAUAGACAAAAUCCCUCUUUACAGUGAGAUCAAAACAUCGAUUUGACUGAAUUACAUUACGAUCAAAAUGGAGAACAAAGAAAAAUAUAAAAUCUUGAAAAAAAAAGGUUUAUUCAAAGCUUUAAAAGCCUGUUUCUGUACAUGAAUUGUACGGAAACAAUAAGCUAAUCACGUCAUUAUGGAUCAAAAAUUAUCACACUAAAGUCCCAGAUUAACAGUUGAUAACUGAGACAAAUUAUUUACUUUAAAUUGAAGUAUAAUUCUGCUUGUUUUUGGAUCCAUGUGUUCUCACUUAUCUGCAAGCUGUGAUGAUGCAUUUAUGUGCUGGCAGAAACCUCGUUCAUCUGGGUUCUGACCGGAUUCAGAUCUACAAGAGUAUUGGAGCCAGACUAAAAGGUUUUUUGUUUUUCUUUUUUUUAAUUACGAGAAUAAAAUCAUAAAAUAAGCAGAAGAAAGUCGUAAGAUUACAGGAUUAGUUUUUCCAUUGAGAAAAAAGUUUUGGUGGAUCUGAUGUUCGAAGCAGUCGCUUCGUUAAUCAUUUCAAAGUCCUUCUACUGAUAAUGAUUUGAUGCUGUUGUGUUAAAUUAAWAGAUUAAGUAUUUUAUUGUUCAUAAAAGUAUAAUCAGAUCAUUUUAUUAUUUUUUGUGGAGAAAUUCUCAUAAAAUUACUUCUUCAUUCUUCUGAUAUCCAACUUUAUUCUAGUAAUGUUAGGACUUUAUUCUAAUUUUUUAUAAACUUAUUCCAGUAAUACGACUUUAUUCUGCUAAUAUUAUGACCCUAUUCUAGUUUUAUUUCAACCUUAUCAUAGUAAGUUACAACUUUAUUCUUGUUUAGCAGGACUUCAUUCUGAUAAUCUGACUUUAUUAAUAUUACAAUUUUAUUCUUGUUUUAUUGCAACUUUAAUCUGCUACGACUUUUUGCCAUUUUGUUAAGACUUUAUUCUGGUAAUAUGAGUUUAUCUUUGUAAUAUUAUGAUUUUACUCUCAAUUUUUUUUUUCUUAAUGAGGCCCAAAUACUCCGUCGUACUCAAUGUUUCCGUGUUGGAGAAAGAAAACAUGUUAUUUUUCAGUUACAUCAUUUAUUUAUUAAACUUCCACUUAUCACUUUUAAUAAGAAAGAAAAUGCCGUUUUUGGCUGUGUAACGGUUUUACUCAAAUUUUCCAUGUCAUUGUAUUUUCUUUAAUGUUGUAAUUUUCAAUAGUUAUCUGGAAAGUGCUUUAAUAUUAGUUUCACCCUCGCAUUCAUAUUUAAUAGUUUUUAUGCACAGGAGAAGGGAAACAAAGAUGAAUCACUAAACAUAAAUGAUGCAGAAGCAGGUUUUAAGUAGUUCAUUUGGCUAACACUAACAUUUCUUGGUGAAGUUUUGGUAUUUGCCGUUUUCUCUCCUUAGAUCCUGUUAGCUCAUGUUUCCUCCCAGCAGCUCAGGCUUCAUGUUUCCCAGUCAGGUGCGUUAAACUAACGCAGAGCUGCAAACGUCUCGUUAAAUCAGGUCAGAUAAAAAUAUCUGCAUCAUGCGUCUCCGUCUGCAAACAGGAAGUCAUCUUGGAUUUGUUUUUAUUAAUAGCCAGAACUGAAAAAUGAUUUAAUAUUAAUAAUCAUUGACCCACUGAAUCUUAUAACUCUACAUGCCAGGAAGCAAACAAAGCAUAAACGAUAAAUCAAAAUGAUGUAUUGGUACUGAUUGAAGGUUUAUGAAGUGAUUUUACUUUAGAUGCGCUUUUGUUUUUAUUUAUGCUACAACAAAUGGUGGUGAAGUUAGACUGAAGUCAGUGUGUUUACUUUGAAUCAGGGUUCAGUGAGUCAAUCUCCACUCUGUUCGCUAAAAAAAAUAAAAUAUUCAUGGAGCUGAUGUGCUUCCAGAAAAAUUAUUUUUUUAUUUGUUCUUUUUAGUUGGCUGGUUAAACAAUCUACCGGAUGUGAGUGAUUUCUUAUGAAGAGCUAAAAGACGUUCUUGACCUGAACAUGAUAGAAAAUGUUUCAUCCUUGUACAUAAUGACUGUGAUGAAAUUCAACUCAAUAAAAAAGGGGGAUUUUCUAA